AUGUCCGGAAUGGCAGAAAGGAACGCAUGCCGAGCGUGUGCACGAUCGAAGCGCCGCUGCGGAAAGGAGCGGCCGGCGUGCCACCGAUGCCAGGACCGACAUCAGGACUGCGAAUAUCCCCCUGCCAAACUGUGCGGAUUUGUGGCUGUAGAGGAGGCUUUUGGCGAGCAGUCAGUGCCAGAACAAGGCAGCCUUUUAGGAGACGAUGGAAACCACAAUAUCAUGCUAGGAGACUUUCUAAACAUGCCGCUAUCGGUAUCCGCCGAUAAGUUUCUACAGCUACGGCUGGCUCUUGGGGCUACCGGUCUGCCGUUGCUGUCGUCGCAGCUGGAACAGUCGCCACAGCCAUCCUUGCCAUCUCUUACGUCUCUUCCGUCACUCUACUUGCCACAAUCCCCCACGAUACCGCCACGAUGGCCGGUGCUGUGGUUUCUCGCGCCCGAGACGUGGAAGAUCGACCGCCGGCCGGAACCGAUUCCGUCAGCGUACGACAUGGAGCCGAUCCGCGGACAUAUCGUCAAGAUCCAGCAGUGGCUGAUGCGCUGGGUGGCCACGGGAAGCUGUCCCUUUAUCCAUCCUUAUCUGUACCGGGUGCAGCAGCCCGGCUGCGUGCAAGUGGCCUUUACGACGCUGACAAGCUACGUGUACCGGACCGAGGUGACGGCCGACAUGGUGCUGCAGAUCGUCGAGGACCAGGCCAGCCAUCUGCUGUCAGACAACGGCGUGGCCCUGGCUGAUGGGGGAGUCUAUCAUGUCAACGAGAGUGCUUCUGGAUUCUCUCCGACCGCGACCCCUCGCACAACGUCCUCUUCGUCUGCACCACCGACAGCUGCUGAUGCUGCUGCACCCGGCCUGCUCGAGCAGCUGGCCCGCACACACGCUCUGGUGGUCUACCAGACCAUCAGCCUGUUCGACGGAGACAUCCGGGCGCGCCACCUAGCUGAGGGCCGCCAGGCCGUGCUGAGCCGCUGGGCCGGCCAGCUGAUCGAGAGCGCCCGCCUAAGCCUGGGAGUGGCCUGGCUGCAGAGCGACGGCCUGCUCACCGCGGUCGAGCAACAUCCAUGGUACCUCUGGAUCCUCAGCGAGAGCAUCCGCCGCGCCUGGAUGGUCGCUAGCGCCAUCGAGGCCAUCUACGGAAUCCUACAGCGCGGCUGGUAUCCAUGUCCGGGCAACAUCAUGUGCACGACACGCCAGGCAAUCUGGAACGCUCGCUCAGCCGCCGACUGGGAGCAGUGCUGUGCCGAGACAGCCGACCGGCCAGGCCAGCUGGCCCACCGCCAGGACUUUGAGCGCUUCUUCGCCGAGUCCAGCGCCGCCGACAUUGACGAGUUCAUUCGUGCCCUCAUGGCGUCAACCUUUGGCGACGACCGCGUGCGGCGGUGGGAGAGUGACAGCGAAGGCGUGGCCGUGGACUGA